AUGUCAGAUUACGGCUUCAUUGACAACCACAGAGAACUGAUACAGCUGCUUUCUGGCCUGGAUGAUGAUAUGAAGGACUGUAAACAUUCAGUGAGAUACAGUAAAGGAGAAGUCAGUGAUGAGGUACUAGAGAACUUAAUUGGAAAGUCAUUUAAUUUUGAUGAUAUCAGUUUGACUGAAACAAGUUCAUUCAAUUAUGGAGAGAAAGCAGUAGUUUUGUUGAGGGCAUUAUGUGAAGAUCAGUGUUACAUAAAACAAUUUGAGUCACCUUACAUUGAACAAGUAAAUAACGAAGGAGAGAAAAAACAUAAAUAUUAUACCCCUACAAAUGACAUGUGUGUGACUGAUACUGAUGAUGUUUAUUUUGCCGACUUCAGUAACAAUUCCAUCAGCUAUCUGUCUCCAGCAGGAUAUGUCUCUACAAUCAUCAGUACAGAUCCACUAAAACCAAUAGGAAUCUGUCAGUCAGUGGACGGUGGAUUACUGGUCAUAUUGGGAAAGAAGGAAUCAGAUCCUUACAAAUUAAAUUCACACAGCAGACGUCUGGUGAGACACAUCACAGUGACUGGUGAUGUCAUCCAUGAGUAUGAAUACCAGGAGGACGGUCACACCAGACUGUUUACAUUGCCAUACAGAGUCACACAGAACAGUAACAGUGAUAUAUGUGUGGUGAACCGCACUAAUCCCAAUGAAGGUGAAUUAGUGAUUGUGUCCAUUUCUGGUCAUAUGAAGACUGUCUACCGUGGACAAAACUUGGCAGAGGCCUUUCGGCCAGGUAAUGUAGUGUGUGACUCCUUCUGUAACAUCCUUGUUACUGACAUGAACAAUAUACAGAUCCAUCUACUGAGUCCUGAUGGUGAAUUUUUGAAGUUCUUACUGAACAAAGAUGAAGUGCACCAUCCAACCAGAUUAUCAAUAAACAUGUCUUCGCUGUGGGUGGGAUAUAGGGAAGGUGUUGUUAAAGUGUUUAAGUACAGAACGUAG